UAAUCAAUUAAUUAAUUGAAAAUUUUUUAAACUGAAAUAAUUAUGUAAAUAUAUUAAAUAAUUUAUCUUUACUCUCUCACUUCUCCCGAAGAUCUUAAUUUUUCAUCUUCUCGUUGUGCUUUCCUCUCAGAAUUCCAAAUUCGGAUGAAUGAUAGAAGGUGCUCUGAGCAAUAGAAAUCGAUGCAAGUCACAAGAUAGAAACGUGUUGUGGCUUUAAUGUGCGGACAACAGGAGGCACAAUGUUGUCUGAGAGAAUUUCAGGGGAAGAACCUCUUCAUCAGGAUUUUGAGGCUUUGAGUGUGUCAAAACGUCUGGUGAGGAGUGUCAGCCAGAAGUUGAGGAAGAAGACCCCUAGAGGUGAAGAGGAGGAAGACAAUGAUUUGAGGGGGGUUUCUUUCAAAUGUCUUACUAUGUAUAGUAGGGGUGGGGCCUGUAAAGUAGGUACUGACACAGGUGAGGAAUAUGGAAAUCCAAGUAGUAGAAGGAGGUCAAGUGCAAGUGAAGAAGGGAAGGGAUAUGAGGCUAUCUGUGGCACAGAGGAAACCGGAGUGGCUUGUUUCUCAUAUGCAAUGGAGUUCUGGAAAAGAAAUAACCGGAAAUAUCUUGAACUUGAAGAGUCUGUACGUAACAGCAGGAUGCACAUCUUUCUUCCAGAUGAUAUUCUUGAGAUGUGUUUGGUAAGGCUUCCGUUGACGAGUCUGAUGACCGCCCGCCUUGUUUGCAAGAAAUGGAGAUAUUUGACUACCACUUCUCGAUUUUUGCAAAUAAGACGUGAAGGUUCGUAUCGCAAUCCAUGGCUGUUCCUUUUUGGUACUGUGAAAAAUGGUUAUUGCUCUGGGGAGAUACAUGCAUUGGAUGUAUCUCAAGACCAGAGGCAUAAGAUUGAUGCUGAUAUUCUCAAGGGAAGGUUCAUGUUCUCUGUCACCAGUAUUCAGGAUGACAUUUAUAUUGUUGGAGGUUGCUCUAGCUUGACCAGCUUUGGGAGGCUGGAUAGGAGCACUUGCAAAACACAUAAAGGGGUGUUGGUUUUCAGCCCUUUAAAUAAAUCUUGGCGUAAAGUGGCAUCUAUGAAGUAUGCCAGAUCAAUGUCAAUUUUAGGAAUGUCUGAAGUCAGCUCAAAUUGCUCCGUUGUUCAAAGUCACCAAUAUCGACAAGAUAGGCGAUUUUACCGCUCACGAAUUGGCGGUGUGUCAGAUGUUUAUGAGGAUCCUCACCGGCUGUCACUUAGGCGUCAGUGCAGAAGUGUUUCUGAGGAUUAUGAAGCUUCAUUCUUAGCCUCCAGAAAGUCACACAAGUUUACAAGACAAAAACAUGAUCAGUCAAGCACAAAGGGUUGCAAGAAGUUUGUGUUGAUUGCUGUUGGGGGUCUUGGUUCCUGGGACGAGCCUCUGGAUUCUGCCGAAAUUUAUGAUUCCAUUUCAAAUAAAUGGACAGAAAUCCAGCGGUUGCCUAUAGAUUUUGGAAUUGUUUGUGCUGGGGUUAUUUGUAACGGGAUGUUUUAUGUCUAUUCAGAGACUGACAAGCUUAUGUCAUAUGACAUAGACAGGGGCUACUGGAUUGGAAUCCAGACUUCGCCAUUCCCUCCCCGCAUUCAUGAAUACUACCCUAAACUUGUAUCAUGUAAUGGUAGGCUGUUUAUGCUUUCUGUCUCCUGGUGUGAAGGUGAUGGUCAAAUAGGUCGGCGAAACAAGGCUGUUAGAAAAUUAUGGGAGUUAGAUCUCAUGUAUCUUACCUGGACCGAGGUAUCAGUGCAUCCCGAUGCCCCAAUGGACUGGAAUGCUGUAUUUGUUGCGGACAGAGAUAUGAUAUUUGGGGUUGAGAUUUUCAAAAUAUUCGGUCAGGUAUUGGACUUUCUGACCAUGUGUAAUGUGUCGGAUAUGGGGACAAAUUGGAGUCAUAUUUCGAGGAAUCAAAUGGCUCUUGAAUUGGAUGCUUCUUCCUGCAUGACAAAAUCAAUGGUUGUACUACAUCUGUGAAAGUCUUUGGCAGGCAGGCAGGCAGGCAACUCCAGUUUUUCUUCACAUCCAAUGUGUGGGGAGAGUUUUACAUUCAAUUCAUUGAAUAUAUAUUUGAUUCGUGCAAUUGGCCACUGCCUCUCCGUCUACAGGCUCUUACAGAGGUAUGGUAUGGUAUGGUAUGGCUUACUCAUGUAGUUUUCAAUGUAAUAUUCUUCACCGCUGCUGUUCGUAAAUUGACCCUGUAUUUCUCUCUAGUCCUAUAUAUUAUUGUUGCUAAUGAUUAUGUGGACGGACUUCUAUUGUGUUCAUCCAAUCUGAUGGCUUCGUCCUUUUAGAUUGAAUGGUUAUGUGUUUUGCUCACCACUUGUACAUGAUGAGUCUUGAAUGCUGAAUGUUGAUCUGGCAAUUCAUAUUCACCUUUUAUGCCAAA